UAUCUUUUACAUGCAAAUAUAUUUGCCAUUUUAUUCCAUAUAGGUUAUUUUAUUCAACCACAGAAAUCUUUUUUUUAUUUUUUUAAAUACAUUAUUUCCCCCAUAGAAUUUUACAUUCAGCCUCAAGUUUUGCAAUUUUUUUUCUGGAACUGAAAUGAGGAUUUCAUUUUGCACCAUUUUUGAUUGAAUGAGAAGAGGUUAUUUUUGGGAGCUAUUGUGAUGGAGAAGUUGGAAGCCGAGUCAGAUGUUGAGCCACAGGGUCGCCCUCGCUCCUGCACCUGGCCUCCUUUGCCGGACCCUUCCUCUGAUAUUCCUUUGCCCCCUCCUGGUCUGGAUCCAGGGCAGAUGCGUAAAGCAAAAAGUUCACGCAGGAAUGCUUGGGGCAAUUUGUCCUAUGCAGAUCUCAUCACCAAGGCCAUAGAGAGUUCCCCGGAGAGGCGCUUGACCCUAUCUCAAAUUUAUGACUGGAUGGUUCGUUUUGUCCCUUACUUCAAAGAUAAGGGUGACAGCAACAGCUCUGCUGGGUGGAAGGUGAGAACCUAGCAGGACAGCAUGAGGGAAUGAGGGUCCUGCCAAAUAAGGGUGGGAAGUUAUGGAUGUACAUUAAUGUACAUUACUGGCAAAGGCAUGUGUUUAUAAAAUAGUUACUGUGUAAGGACACAUGCAUGUAUGGCCACAUGUGUGGCUAGGGCAGUUGAUGAUAAGUAGGGGAAUGCUGGUUAUUUUAAUAGAUGCUUUAGAUGUAGAUAUUUUAAUAGAUGUGUGAAAGUUGUUUGAGAAUUGUGGGUAGGUUUUGGAGGCUUGUUUAUUGACUGUAUUGUCCAAUCUAGGCAGUUGGUGGUCACUGCUGGGGAAAAGGAAAGGUGUGUGUGUGUAUUAGAAUGUUCAUUGGGGUUAGGGCACUUGUUGCUUUGGUAUAAGAUAAGGGACAAUGAGGAUGCAGGGUGCAUUAUGACUUGGAUUUCCCUUUAGUGUAAUUCAUGGAAAUGGGGCAUAAUGUGUACAAGUAUGUAUGUGGGAUACAUAGAGUUGAUAACUCUGUUUGAGAAAAUGUAAUAAGAAUGGAGGUAUUGACUCUACUAUUUUUAUUUUUGUCAGUAUUUUAGAAAAUAGUAAGAUACAUCAGUUAUUGUUAGAAGGGAAAGCCUUGGAAGUAGUAGUAUUAUUGUCUGCCCUUACAGGUUGACAGAUACUGGCAGUCCUAAAUUCAUGGUGGCUUCCUGAAAUUCUUUGCAUAGAUUUUCAUAUAACAGUAUAUUUAGUGGGUUUGGCUACUCUGUAGACUAGAUCUUUGUGGCAAAAUGGAGGUAAAUAAUUUUUUCACAUAUUUUAUAAGACAUAUUGCUCACUCUUACAUUUGCACUAUUCUAGAAACACGUAACUGGAUAAAAUUCAAACUCUACUUUUUCUUUAAAUAUAUCAAUAUAAUAUCCAUGUUUGUGUGUAAAGUCUAGCCUUGUUAUAACCAUAUUAGUAACUCAUUCCUGAUCUUCAUCAGCAUAGGGAAGCCUAUAAAUACAUCACUGUUCUAUUGACAUUUUCAUAAUCCAACACCCAUUAACCCCUUUAGUACCAAUGAUAUAUAAAGAUCGUUACAAUUUGCUCUACCCUAAUCUGAAAGGGAUUAAUUACCCUGUUACCAAGGCCUACUAUUAAUAACGUGUUAACUUCCUCAAAGAAAGUAACUAAAAGCUACUAAACUAUCAAAGGUUUAUGUCUCCAUCCAUUUCUUCAGCGUUUAGUCACUAAAUAGUGAAAUGGUGAAUUGAAAACAGAAUUGCUAAAUUUAGGCUAAUAUAGUUAUGCUGUUGGAGAAUUUUUCUAAAUCAGCUCUUUUUGCCUACAUUUUGGAAUUUCGUUUUUAGUUUGCUAUUUUUAUAAUUAAUAUUAUGAUUGGAAUUUAAAUAGCACCAACUUUUUCCACAGUGCUUUACAAUAAAAUAAAAGGGGGUAUUUAAUAAUAAGUGAGAAAAACUAUUAAACAGUUUGGCGGGAACAGUAGGUUGAGGACCCUGGUCAAACAUGCUUACAAUGCAGAGGAUGUGGGUAUAAAAAGACAAAAGGAAUGGUAGCAUGGGGGAUAACAAGCAAGUGGGAAAGUGGAACCCUCUAAUUAAAUUGAGAGAGAGUUUGAGAAGUGACAGUUAGUCUGGGAGGUCAUACACUUGAGAUGUGUUUUUAAUUGACUUCUCAUAGGAUUAAAGGCUUGGGUAUAGUCUGAUGGUAAGGCAUGGCUGGUCCAUAGGAAUGGAAACAUCCAAGAGAAUAUUUAGUGAAUAAACCACUUGUCUACCUGCCUAAUUUUUUUCUAGAAAUGUUAACGUGGGGUUGAAAUAUGACAUGGGUCCAUUUAUAUAGGUUAUUUUUUUUAAUUUUUUUUUAAGUAUUUAGAAAGUCAGGUGCUAUAACAUGCUUCCUAUCACUUUUUUACCCCCACAAACUACUUUGUGCUUGUAAUUCUUCUAGACUUUACAUAAUAUGUUUUAUUUAUAGGUUUGUAGAUUGCAUGUUUAAUAAUGUACACAUAAUUAAAUGAAUUCUUUUAGUUAUGCUGAGGUUUUCCAGGAUAAUAAAGGUGAAAGAAAAAAUAAAACCAUUAUUACUGCUCAUGUUACAGGCAAGCCAUUUUUACACAUGAUACCUGUUCACACUUGCUACAAUUUCUUUAUCAGUUUGUAAUAAUUCAAGAUUAUGUUACAUAUUUAGAUAUACAGUCUGACACCACUAAAGCAUAGUUUCAUACAGCCUGAAGAUCUGUGUCUACUUUGUAUGUUCAAAGUGGUAAAGCAUAUAGUAGCUUUUCCCCAAAUCUUUUAGUCACACAUAUCAAUUAGCACCAACUUUUUCUUUGAAAAAUGUAAAUGUAUUUGCAUUAUAAAAAAAAAAAAAUACUCCACUCUUUUUUUUUCAUGAUUUUUAUCCCUAUGUAAUAGUCUAUCGCUACAUCUUUACCUCUCUCUAUCCUUUAGGCUUCGCUUCUCCCUUAUUUGUCACUCUCCCCCUUCUCUCUCAUUUAUGCUGCAUUACCUACUGAAGUGUCUUAGCUAUUAAAUGAUGCAGUUUUAUAGUGGCAAAAAAAAAGGAGAGAGAAAUACAGGCAGUGUAACCCAUGAAAAUCACUACAGCUCGACUUGGAUGCUGUGCCUACCAUGGCAGUGUGAUAUAGUAAAACAUAGGCUAUUGGAUGUGGAGGCCAUGCCACCUAGUUCAGUGUGACAAAGGAGCACGUGGUGAAAAUGCGCUUUAGAAGUAGAUAUUGUUUCAUCCACUGCUGGGUGGCACAGAGACUAAGAAAGAAGGGAGCAAUGAGACUUACUGUUAUUGCCAUAAGUGUGUGAUACUGACACAAAUAAUUUAUAGAACACAUUGAUUCUGCAUCUACAACUUCAUGGAAACAGUUAUAUCAGAGUUAUUGAACAUAAAGGUUCUAUCACCUUUUGCUCGUUUACAAAACAUGUAGCUAUGGUACAUGGAUUCUUCCUUAGUAUUUGCAAGGUCACAAAGCUGUCUUCAUGGAGUCAUGGAUUGUGUAGUUUAUUCAUCUUAAACUGACGCAGGCUGUCCCUCACACACAAGAUGGAAGAUACAUAAAAAGAUGCUACAAUAAUGUCUGACACAGACAUUAUUGUAAAACAGUUACACAUGUAAGAUGACAGUGUUGACAAAGGUGUCAGAGAUACACAAGAAAUAAAGGUAAAAUCAUUAAGCAUGUCUUCUUCCCAUCAAAAAGUGACAGAGACUCUGAUUAUGUGGACAUUGACUGGGGAAAUUAUAGGUCCCACUUUUACAUGGCAGAAUAACAGUUAAAUGGCAAUCUUUACACUGCACAAUGGGAAAUAUGUGAAACAAAGGUCACAUAUAUGUAAAAGUGGAUUACAGAUCCAUACCAUUUGUUUGAAUCAUAUAUAUGUGGACUAGAUGCAUUUCAUCCCUUCUAGCACAAGGCAGUACAGACACUGAUUAAAAGGUGCUUGGUAUUUGGGUAUUUUAUUCAUUUGCACUGGAAGGUGACAGAGUUACAUUUGUAGAUUUAAAUGUAAUAGCAGAUUGACCCUUGUUUUGCAAAGUGACAGAGAAAUAUACAAGCAGUGUGUAAGCCUGUCCUCUGACUCACACUGCCAGGUGAGAGUGCACACCAGUCUCUCACUCCUAAAUAGAUCAGUCUUGUAGGGAUUAAUGUUGGUAAAUUUUCUCUAACCAGAUUAUUACAGAUAGAUUACAGCACAGAGAAUUAGUGACAACAAGAUAAUUGUGUGGUAAUAUUUAUAAAAUGUUGUUUGUUAGUAACUAUUCUCAACAUCUUUAUGAUAACUCUCAGAUUUUAAUAUCAAUAUCUUCAUUAUCAGUUAACCAAAACUCCUAAGUUAUCCUACUAAGUUUCUUUUUUAUUAUAUAUAAAACAACAACACACUCAACAGUGCUGUACAAUGGGUACGUCAUGAAAACACAUUUACACUGUUUGUAAAUAUACAAAACUCAGAAAGAGAAAAAAGUGCCUGAGAGCUCCUGCCUAUUGCAAAUCCCAUUAUUAACAAGCUGAGAGUGAUAGGAUUUGUAGAGCAACGUUCUCUGGGUGCAUGUAAACUGCCUAUCCUUAUUUUGUAUCAUGUAGUUAGCCAUUUUUAUUAUCUAGUUCAUGGGUAGUCAACCUGGUCCCUACCGCCCACUAGUGGGCGUUUCAGGAUUCUAGGUGGGCGGUAGGGGAUUCUGCGGCACAACAAGCUGAAUCCUCCUUUCAUCGAGAGAGUGGGCGGGCGGGCGGGUGUGAGUGCACAAAUGGACAUGAAAGCGCGAACUCAUGCGAACAAGAGAAUGCAUGCGCGCGAACAAGAGAAUGCGUGCAUGUGAACGAGAAUGUGCCAACGCGAGCGAGUGUAACACAUGGGAAGAGGAAGGGGAGGAGUGGAAGCUGAUGUACAAUAGCAGGGACAGGCAGAAGCAGAGCAGAGCAGUUGUAAAAUAGGAGAAAGAAAAGUUAUUGGCAGGACAAGGAGAGAAUUGUUGUUGGCUAAUAAUAAUAAGUGGGCUAACUAGCUCAGCCUUGCUUUUGGACAUUACCCUAAAGAAGGUAAAAGAAAAGAGAUAAAAAGGGAAGAAAAAUAGAAAAAAGGGGAUAAAAUAAAAGAGGACAGAAAGCAGUGUUUAGAGUGGCUCGUGUUUUGGCAAGUUAAGUUUUGUUAUCUUAUAAAAGAAAGAAAGAAGGAAGGAAAAUAAGUAAAGGAAGGAGAAGGAGAGAAUAAAGAGAAAGGGGAAAAAGAGACCCCUGAUAUAUUGAUAUAAUAUAAGGAAGUUAAAGAAGAAGGCAGGAAAAGCAGAGAAAAAAAAAGGGGGGAACUUCUUUUUAUGGUGAUGCGUAAUAACAAUUGGCACAUAAUACGGCGUUGUUUUGGGUGUUUGUAAUAAAAGGGAAAAGAUGGGGAAGGGGGAAGGAAAGCACUGUGUGGAGUGCAGAUCAAAACAUGGUAAGAGUAAAAGUAGUGAUGUCGCGAACCGUUCGCGAACUUGCCGCAAGCGGUUCGCUGCAAACCGUUCGUGGCGAACUCCGGUCAGCUGACACAUCCCUACCAAUCUCCGGCAGACCCUCCCUCCCAGACCCUCCUACUUCCUGGACAGCAUCCAUGUUGAAGGCAGCUUCAACAUGGAUGCUGUCCUGGAGGUGGGAUGGUCUGGGAGGGAGGGUCUGCCGGAGAUUGGCAGGGAUGUGUCAGCUGACCGGAGUUCGCGGCGAACCACUCGGGGCAAGUUCGCGAACGGUUCGCAACAUCACUAAAAAGUAGUUGUUAAAUUGUGCAACAAAUUUAGAACCCACGUGUGAAGAAAAAGACCAGAGUAUCUGAAGACACUUGCGCUAAAAAAGUUUGAGUUACUGCAGCACUGGUGGGCGGUACGGAAAUUUUACCAUCAAGAAAGAUGCAUUAGUGGGUGGUAGGUACAAAAAGGUUGACUACCCCUGAUCUAGUUACUUGGCAUCACUCUGCACUUUUGCACAUUCAGGGUCCAUGGGUCCCUCAGUGAUAACUUAUCACCACUUUUACCAUUUCAAAUAAUGUUGCUUUUUAAAAGUGAUACUUAUACACUACUGCUUAUCCUUUAACCGGGUAUGCAUCUAGCAUACUUUUAUAGUGCAGCAUUCAUUAUAAGAGGUCACAGGAGGACAGUGUGAGGAUAGUUUUGGGUUUAUAUCGGGACAUCUCUGUCUUUUAUUAUGUUCCCUGUUCAGAGCAGCUCUUGACUUUUAACACAUUGUGAAAUAAAUAGUUUCACGUAAUUGUGAUGAGGGAAUGAUUUCUUAUUGCAUAGUUCCCAUCUGUAUUUCUUCUGAUCGCAACUGCAACAGAUUCAUGCUAUGUUGAUCAUAUGUUUUACUAUCACUUUCAAGGAAAAACAAAGUCAUAUAGUUCUAUGUGUAACAAGAACAAAAAAGGAUAUAUUUUAUAUACCCUUCAGUUUCACUCCAGGAGGAAGUUCUGUGCUUGCGCCUACUGAUGAUUUAUACAUUUUACAUUUCCACAUUUCCAUUUGUUAUAUUUGAUUAGGAUGGAAUAUUUUGUAUGCCAUAGAAUUAUAAUAUUAUAAUGUCACCCCAUUAAAAAAAAAUGAGUAUUUCGUAAAGAUAAAGAAAAAAACUAAAUGAAGUACUCAGAGUAUGUUUGCACUGAAAUUUCAGAGCAAUACCAACACAGUAAAAUAAAUGUCAUAAGAGAAAGUAGGGACUACUUUUCUUAUGUAUUUUUACUAUGCCUGACAAAACUUGACAAAAGGAUAGAGCUAAUUAACUAAUUGUUUUUUAUUUCUCCCAGCCAUCACUAGUGACGGCUGAGAGAAGAAAGGCAUUAUCUUGCACGAUCUGCAUAGACAUCAUUGUUGUUCUCUCAUCCAUGCGCAAGAGUACAACACUGACGUGGGCUCCUGGCAGAUGAAUCGUCAGGAGCUAGUGAGGAUCUACUGAAUAAAGAAGGACAAUUCCAGGUAAGUAAAAUUUACCUUUCUCUGCACCCCCAGGCCACUGUGCGCAAGCGGUAAAGUCAACAUUGCGGGUCUUUGCAUAUUGACCCCACCAUGUGACAGCUACUUUAACCAAAAAAGGUACAUUUUAUAUUUUUGCUAGAGUCAAAGUACAUCCUAAGGUCUAUAUGUAAUUAUUACAUAACUUGAUGGAUGAACACAAAAGGAUUAAAAGCCAAGCUGACCUUGCAGAGAUUCAAACAUGUGACUACUCUAUACACUAUAUAUUUUAAUUCAUUAGGUAGAAAUAUUCCAUUCUCCUUCUUUGUCCUAUGUAUUGUUUCAUUAAACAGAAAUAAUUACACCUCCAUAUCUAUAUGUUCGAAAUCCAAUCUACAAAAAUACAAAAAAGAACCACAAAUAGUGUCAUACUAUUAAACACCAUAAAAAAGGUUUGGAGAUAUAUUGCACUUACAAACUGGAAUUUGAUAGCAUGCAUAUAGCAGAUAAAAUACUGCUGCACCUUCUUUCCUUUACUCCUUCUCUGAAUAUAGAGGGAAAGAAAGGAGAGACAAAUACAUAGUAUACAACUGUAUAUGAAUAAAAUCAAAAUGUAUUACAGGUUGCACUCACAAGAUAAAAUCAAUAGAUAAGCUCAUCAGAAUUAACACUUCACCCAGUCCGCGUUUCGUCCGAUUAGGGACAUCAUUAUGGACUCUACAGCAUCUCUGAGGAAAUGCUGACUGGCAACUGAUGAUCAGUUAUGGAGGUGGGCCAGCUCUGGCGAGACCGGCAUGGCGCUGGUAAAAAGAGAAGUAAAAGCAUCAUUCCCAUGCGAUCGGAGGGGGCUGGUGACCUAAACAUACACAUUCAUUGACACACACACAGACAGAGACAGACACACACUGACAGAGACAGUCAGACACAUACACACACUGACAUAGACAGACAUACGCACAUACUGAUAGAGACAGUCAGACACACUCACAAAGUACUAUUAAUACACUCAAAUAUAUACACACACAAACAUUCAUACAUACACACAGACAAAUACACAGAGACAUACACACGACAGAUUCACAGAUUUAAAAAAAAAAAAUAUAUAGUUUUAGUCACCCUCCUGUUUCCUACCUUUUGGGCUCAGGAGGGUGGCUUCCCUGGUGUCUAGUGGGAUUAGGCAGCAGUAAGUGACAGGUUAGUGGGGCUGGCUGCGGCUGAUGGGAGUAGGCAGCCGCUGUUUCAGACUCCUUCCUUACUCCUCCCCCCUAUCUCAGCAGCUCUCUGUGCGCCGGGAGGAAGUGAAGGGAACUGUAAUAACUUCCUCCCAGCACUGAGGUCACGCAGGGGAAAGGACUGGUUGCCGGUGUUCCAUCAGCUUUGGGGCAUGGGGGGCGGGAGGCAUUUGGGAGCUUCAGAGUUCUGGGCUGCCAAAGUCACAUAAAAUAGGGGGUGCAACUAGCCCCUGGCACACAAGUGCAAAUAACUAUGGUUAUGCAGCUAAAACACAAUCUGCACAGCCAGAUUCCUAACACAAUACCUAUCACAAUGACCACUUCAAAAAGUAGAAGUGGUCAUGGACGUUGAAGUAACCUUUUAAACCCUCUAAUCCAAAGUCCACCUUUUGUUAGUCCAUAUAAUGGCAACUUUUUUCACUUGUUCAUGUGGACAUAUUUAAAGUUAGUCAAGUAUGCUCAGAAAUCUUUUAGAAGUCAAAAUUGACUACACUUUGCACCUCAAAAAGCAACACAAUUUUACAUAGUCCAUUUUGUCUCAUAGUUUCUCACUGAAUCUCUUAACUCUGUCUAGGCAGUGCAGGCUCUAUGUUCCCCUGACUUUUGUAUGGAUGCUUAAUAUUGUGGCAAUUGGGCAGGUUCUAUGACUUUUCUAUAUCAUUUUUUAAUACUCAAGGAUGAAGAAAAAAAAGCCUCAAUGUGCUGUAAGUCCCUCUUUUCUGUGAUUCGACAAAUGCUAGAAAACAAUGGUCCAUUAUGGAACCCCUGCAUUGUAAGCCUACUCUUAAGUUUUAGUAAAUUAUCGUCUUCCCUUCCCCCCAACACUCUACAUUCGUCCUUUGCAGCAUGAUAUAAUAAUUGGUGUCAGGACCUGGCAGCGAGGUGAUGUGCCAUUCUGAAGAGGCUAGCUGGGUAAUUGAAGCAAAAUUAGGCACCUGUGGUGAGAUCCCAGAAUGCCUUAUGCCACUGCUAAAACAAAAUAUUCAUAGAGAAGAAAAGAUCAGAGGGAAAAGAAAGAAAUUUGGUAGUGAGACAGAGUGAAAAUGUAUACACAUUUACAUAGUGCUUGGCCAAUAUACUCGGCCUGGAAUCUUUUUAAUCUGCCCAUUUUGGCAUUCUACACUUCUUCCGUAUUUGAUCUUCAAUACAGCGAACACAGCCAGCAAUCAUGUUUCUUUAUCACCUUGGGCAAGAUGCAUGAUACUGCUAACUCUUUAAAGAAUUGUGCAUUUAAAAUGUAGAAAUCAAAAUAUUAUUAAAGGCCUGAUUAAGAAAGACUAAAUGAUGAGAAAAACACAUAUUAACGGCUGUGACAGACAUGUGAUGUCAAUAGAGUGGAAAUUAUUAAAUGUGUAAACAUUUUUUCUCUACCAUGCAUUUAUAUUAUAUUUAUAUUACUUCUUCUUGCUUGUGUAAAUUUGAUGUUCUCCUGUAUGGUAUCAUUAAUUGGUUUAAUGUGGUUACUUAUACUUAGCAACACAUACGUGGUUAUUCAAGUAAAAAGUUCUGGGAAUUCAAAGUGAAUACAAUGUGAAUUUCAAAAUUUGGACCAUUAUAGCCGAAUUAGCAAAAGUCUUCAACUUAGUUUUGUUUUUGGUUUGUCUAUUUAGACCUUAAAUGUGAAAGUCAUUUUGAAUUCACUUUGAACUUGCAUUCCCAGCAAUAAUAACUUUAGUGAAUAAUCAUGUAAUUGGUUCUCCACAUUAAAAAGUUGGACAAUACUGUUUUAGUAUCUAAUGUUUAUUUUUUUGACAUUAAAUUAAUAGACAGAGGAAGUAUAUUACUCCUGGAACUGAUCUCUCCUGCAGAGGUCAUGCAUAUGUAUUCUACAUGCACUACUAUUUAGUAGAUAUACCCCAAUGAAAACACGUGUGCAUUUCAUUAUGCAUUUUUUCCAUUGGGAAUAUAUCUAAAAACAGCACAAUCACAUCACUGGCAGGUCCUCCUUUAUCCAUCUCGCACUGGCAUCUGGCUUCUCGGGACACCAAUGUGGGGGUUAUGUUGAAUACUUGCAUAUUCAGAUGCUAUUUGUUUGCUCUGAUGUUAGUAAGUAUGGUGAUCCAGUAUGAAUUUUUUUUUUUUUUUUACAUUUGACAAUGAUUAUUGGUUUUGGGAUACAGAAAAAAAAAAAAGGUUAGGGGGGGAAAUAAUAUUGGUGUCCUGCAAGGGUAUCACUCUUUUCUCUCAACGUGUGCUGUUUUCUUAUUACUAGACCAAUGAGUGGUGCCUAUGUUGCUCUACAUGAUUGGGCAGCAUAUCCUUGACAUGGACUGUAGUUGUGUGUAUGUUCUGCUACUUAUUGUGUAUCAUUAGUUUUAGUUGCGUGUUUUUGUGCAAAAUCAUCCCAUUUGGCUUUUGCUUCCAGGGUACUAGUAAGGUUAAAUCCCUGCCUCUACAAAGGAUUCCAUAGUAUUACUGAAUAACUGUCAGCUGGUGCCAGUUAGUGUCCUCAGACAGACAGAUAAGUGCGUCGGCAAGAUGUUAAUGCGCCAUGGACAGUUUGUAGUGGACCCAGUACUAUUUUGAAUUAUUUAAUUAAAUGGACACUCUUGGUACCAAUACAUGUUUUGCACAAUGCUGCACCAUAAGCCUGCCUCCUUAGCUACACUACCAUAUGCCAGAACAAACUUCCUUAUCAAAACAUAUGCACAUAGUCUCAGCCCCAACAGCAAUGAAUGGCUUCAAUGUGUGUCCUCUCCUGAUGCAGGUUGUUUUGUGGUUCAGAUCAUUCAAUACUUUCAGUGGAUGAGCUGCGUGUAUACAUUCUUAAAUAACAAAGUAUUUUUCUGGACCGAGGAGGUGUGACUAAAGAGGCAGGCUUAUUGUGCAUUUAUUGGAGCCUAUAGUGUUCCUUUAAAGUUCUUUGCUCUAUUAAAAUGUGUUAUAUUGCCUACAUUUAAUAAAUACACUAAAUGCAGAAUAAUCAAGUUAGAGGGCCACACCAUAAGGUGAGCUUAAAUUAAACUAAUAAGGGAAAACUCUAGUGUUCCCUUAUUAAUAAUACUUCCAUACUGUGUGCACUUAAUAAACAUGAUUGCAUAGAUUUCUGUUCUAAGGCACCUGAAUAAAGAUUAUGAAUGAUAAGAAACUAUAUUUUUUAUAUUGUACACUAAUAUACAGUAUCUCGUAAGCAUGCUCAUGCUCAUUGAUGCAGAGGUAAAAUUAAGAAUGAAUGCUGAAUGAAUGAAGAAUGCUGCAAUAGUUCACAGUUCUGCAGAGGCACCUACUUCUGCUAGUUUUGGUGUUAGAGCCAGACUUGGAGAUCUGCAUUCCGAAAGGUAUAUUCAGAUUCUUUCAAAAAACAAUGAAGGCAUUAGAAAUUUUUUAUUGAUUUCACUGUCAUAUAUUUUAUGUCUCAAAAAUAAUUUAAUUUGGCCCAUAAAUAUUCAGUCCUUCCAAAGAGUUACAAGACAAGAUAUAUUUUAUCUCUAUUAUUAUUAUCAUUAUAAACGUUCAUAUAGCAACAUUUAAUGCAGCACUUUACAAUCAUACAAUAGGGUUGUUUAACCAGUAAUUUAAAGACAAAAAUAACAAGACAAGAGGUAAAGAAGAUACUGCUCAACCAAGCAUACAAUCUAGGAUAAUUUAUAUACCUCUGUUUUUUUUAUAAAAUCAUUUAAAAUACAUUUGUCUGUUCAUGUACCUCUUUUUAAUUUGUUAGAUGUCCUGGAACAGUAGAUUAUUUUACCAUUUGCAGUUUUGUCCUUACUUUAUGUGUGCUACUGCUUACUAUGGUUUUUUAUUUUUAUUUUUGUUUAGUACGGAGUAGGGCGUGGGGGCUUAAAAACACAUUAUUUGGCAAGUGUAAGAGAAAUAGCCGCUCAAAGUAACCCCACAAAAUGCAUUAGUUUUACCCUUUAAGUGGUUAUGAACAGAAGCAAGAUUUAUUGUCUGUCACUAAAAUUGGCCACUGGUAAUUGCUUUUUUAAAUAUAUAUUUAUUUAUCUGAGUAUUUGCGGAUAUUGGGCCUGCAAAUGCGUAGUAGAAAUAAUUGCGGUGCAAUAGCAAGAAUUUUCUAAAUGUACCCUGCUGCAUGCUAAUUAGCAUAAAGCAUACCAAUACGAGGGAAAUAAGCAUUGGAUGAUACAAUUUCUUUUUUACAUUCUUCAGGACCUUUAUAUUAAGAAGUGAAUGUGUGGGUAGUCUCUUAAAAAUAAAAAUGAACUGAAGUCCCCAGGACCUGUUAAUAAGUGGGGAGUCUAACAAGGUAAAUAAAUAUAAUUAAGCAGUAUUGUCCAGCACACAAUAGUAAUCAUGGAUGAGUUGACCUUCCCCAUGCUGGCAAAGGGGUUGAUAAGAGAACAAUUAAUACUCUAGCCACAUCCCUUGGGUCAAUAAUAACACUUUAAUUUUACAAUCAGAUAGUCAGGGCUUGGGGACAGCGGAUGAUGUGACUGUGGGAAAAUUAGGACAGAGGUACUAAAUAUCCCUUGAUACAUCUUGUAAAUGGUUGAGAGGGGGAAACAAUAUUUGUUCUAGAUUGUUUGGACAACUACCUUUCCCUAGAAUUCAUGAGAGUUUAUUCUGAUAUAGGAGGUUCCUUUGCAUUUUAAUAUAAGGAGAUGGACUUUAAAAGCACUGCAUUAAUAUAUACACUGAUCAGCCACAACAUUGAAACCACCUGCUGAGAGCUCUGAACUGUCCUGUGGUAUCAGGCACCAAGCCAUUCACAACAGAUCUUUUAAGUCCUGCAAUUUGCAAGGUGGGACCUCCAAGGAUUAGAUUUGCUGUUCCAGCUCAUCCCCCAAAUGGUUCUUGGGAUUGAGAACUCUUUGUCAUGUUCCUCAAACAAUUACUUUAUAAUUUAUGCAGUGUGGCAGAGUGUGUUAUCCCACUGAAUGAAUCCACUGUCACUAUUGCACUAUUGCCAUGAUGGGGUGUAUGUAGUCGACAGCUAUCUCUAGUUAAGUGGUACAUGUCAAAGUAACACCCACAUGAAUGCCAGGACUAAAGGUUUCCCAGCAGAAAAUUGCCCAGAGUAUAACAUUGCCUCUGCGACCUGCCUUUUUCCCAUAGUGUAUCCUGCUGCCAUCUCUUCCGCAGGUAAGCAACGCACAUGGCCAUCCACCCGAUCAAAAAGAAAUCGUGAUUCAUCAGCCCAGGCAAUCUUCUAUUGCUCUAUGUUCCAAUGCUGAAUCUCACGUCCCCAUUGAAGGCACUCUCACGACCCCAUUUAAGGCAGGGGUCAUCAUGGGCACUCUGACUGAUCUGCAACUACAAAGCCCCAUACGCAGCAAACUGUGAUGCACUGUGUUCAUCAUGGCCAGCAUUAUGUUUUUCAGUAAUUUGAGCUACAGUAGCUCUUCUGUGUGAUCGGACCAGACAGGCUAGCAUUCGCUCCCCACGUGCAUCAAUGAGCCUUGGACGCACAUGACCCUGACGCUAGUACACUGGUUAUCCGUCCUUGCACAACACUUGGUAGGUACUAACUACUGCAUACCGGGAACACCCCACAAUACUUGCUGUUUUGGAGAAGCUCUGGCCCAGUUGUUUAGCCAUCGCUAUUUGGCCCUUGUCAAAAUUACUCAAAUCUUUCCGCUUGUCCAAUUUUCCUGCUUUCAACAUGUGAAAUUCAAGAACUGACUGUUCAUUUGAUGCCUAAUAUAUUCCACCCCUUGAUAGGUGCAAUUGUAACGAUAUAAUCAAUGGUACUCACUCUUGAAUCAAUGCAUCUCUAUGAGGAAAAUUCAGCAUCUCCUUGCAGAACUUGGGGACGCUAAAUGGCAGGGCUGCUUACUGUGCAGCCCUGAGCCAGGAAGCCCCUCCAGUGACCAUCUAAGGAGUGGAAAAUGCCUGAAGGGAGCUGUUAUACUCACUAGAGCAACUACAUUAAGCUUAGCGUAUAUAUGAUAAGGGAAGUAACAAAACUAAGGUCUGCCUGUAUGUUUACUUUUUAAGAUAAACCAAUUGUAGAUCACUUCUGAGGGACUCAACAAGUUAAUUAAAUUGUUGAAGCAUGGAAAGUGAGGAUUUGUGGUCUCUUAAAUUGCAAGGAAAGGUGUAGAGAAGGGUAGCAUGGACAUUAGGUAAUUUUUAAUAAUAAUUUGUAUGCAUUUUCAUCCUUUACUAUGGUCAAUGCAGAGGAUGUUUUUCACUAUGUUUCUCUAUUGGGGUAGAACUUGCAAUGCUAUCUCUGUGCAUGGUGCUGACCAAAAUUCCCAUGGAUGUCAUUGUUGCUAGUGUAUUAUCCUGAUAACAGCAAAGACCUUUAAAUGUCUGUAAUAAUGUAUGGGGAUUACAAUAUUUGUAUGUCUUUGUAUCCAUUAGUCUCUCUAUAUUUUAUUUUUUAUUUUUUUCCCAUUAUAGGACCUAACGUUACUUUUAGGUUAUACUUGGAAUUUGAGGCAACUGUCUUUCUUUAGAUGCAUACGAUGAUGGCAUUUCCUUUCCUAGUACAGCUACAGCAUCCAUAUAUUAUUUACACCACAAGAGAGAUUCUAGCUUUGUUACUCACUUCUCCUGUAGUGGGAAAACUAUGUUUCAGCCUAGCAGCGUAAAUCUGCCACAAACUGUGAGUGGAAUUUAACCUAUAUUUGCAUGAUGAGCAGAUUGUCACUGUAUUCUAUGUCUGCCAUUAGUGCAUACUUCUUUCCCAAUUUUUAAAGAAAAGUAGAUUUUUUAGUUUAAAGUUUAUUUGAUUUUCAUCAAACUAAAUUAGAAAUAACGGAUACAGUGUUAUACGUGAACUGAAAGCAACAAUGCGUAAGUCUUCUCCAAUAGCAGAGUAAAACAACAAAAUAAAUCAUACAAAAGGGAAAAAAAAUUACAGUUUUUUCGAAACUGCAGUGUUUACAUCCUGCCACUAGAGGCACUUGCCGGUCCCUAACCGUUUUACUCGAUGAAACAAUGUUGGACAUCCUUGCGCUUUGCUUGGUUCAAUUUCCAAUGGGGUCGUUUUAAUGUUUGCAUGGUGAGUGCUAUGCAUGCACAUUAUGUUCUACCGUUGCCGUGCUGUAGCAGGAGACCUAGCUAGUGCAGAGUAAAAACUCAUUCAUCACCAAAUAGUGGAAGGGGAACUAUUCAGUUACAAACAGGGACAUUAUAGUUAGGAAUACAGAUUUGAAUCUUUAACCGAUUGGAAAACAAGAACUAUUCCAAAGUGUCGAACACGUUUUUCAGUCCUCUUAUGACCAUACUUCCCAACAUUUCAAAAGGACAAAGUGGGACACUUACAUUUUAGGGGUGUGAGUAAGGUUUUGGGAAAGGAGACAUUUUAGGUAAGUCGCUGUAAACAAUUUAUACAAUUAAAAUGUAUAAAUGUAUCUUAUUCAUAAAGACUUAUUUCUAAACACAUUUAUUGUAGUUUAAAGACACAUUACUGUGAGUAGUAUUGCUCUGUUAUAGACUCAGAAAAACUAACAAUAUAGAACUCCUAGAAAAGAGUGACAUUAAGAUGACAGAGGGAUUUGGUCCUAAAACAGGGACUGUCCCUCCUAAAUCGGGACACUUGGGAGGCAUGUCUUAUGUGUAUAAUUCCAUAUAUGCAUUGGGACGGGAUGUCUUUGUGUGAGUUAAUUUAGUUUUUUGGUUUUUUUUUGUGUGUGUACUUUUAUGUAAUUUCUGUUUGCAAACACUCAUGUUAAUACUUGAUUUACAUUUCUAAUGUAGCACUCUUAGCUAGGGUUCAUAAUCAAUUAUACAAGUUCAGUAACAAAUCUAAUAUGGAACUGAAUCAUGUGGAAUAUUAGUAGAUAAAUGCUAAUGAACCACCACUAUGACUGUUGUAAUAUAUGUUCAAGAGCAACUGUCAGAUGUGUAUUUUACACAGUACAAUGCGUGAAAAAUAUAGGAGGGGGCCGAGGGACAGUGAGUGACCUAAUACUUCGACAUGGCCCUGAGUGUAAAGAGGGACUGACAGACAGUGCUUGGUCCACCAUAUAUUUGUGGCAUCUGCUGACUUUUGCAUUUGCAGUGAGUUGUGUCACACCCUCAAAGCAAGAUUCUGUGUAAAAUUACGCAAUAUGGCUGACAUGAACAUUACUUUCCUUAAGGCUUUCUGAGGCAAUCAGUUGGGUUAUGUGAGGGAAGAGCCAAGCUUUAUCAUCCCUCAUGUUUUUCACAGUGAUAAAAAGUCCCUGCUUUGUAUUGCAUAUUUUUUAUCAAAACACGCAGCUACAAGGCUACUGGAUUUCAAGCUUUAUUAAGUGUGUCUGCAAUACAUGGUAGGAGGCAAAUUUGAGUGGCAAAACCCUUAGACAAGGCCUUCAAUAGAGGACAGUCCUUGAUCCACCAUAUUAUUUUGGUAACUGCUGGCAUCCUUACUAAAUUCCAGUGGCCAAGUAAAAUAAAUAAUUAGCAAAACCCUAGUUUCUGCUGCAUUUCAAACUUGACUAAGCAUGUUCAACAAUUAAAGGGACACUCCAAGUACCAUAACAAAAAUGUCCCUUUCCUCCUUUACCCAGUCAACGAUAGUCACAGAGAUUUACACAAGUUGCAGCUAUAAGCCAUUUUCAGCUUACUGUAAAAUUAGCGAGAUUCACAUGUAUCUCUUUUGCUUUAUUCUGCAUAUUUUCCUACAUAAUGCUUUAAAAAUGAGAAAAGGUUAAUGCCAGUAUCACAUACCCAUUUUAUAUAUAACAAAGGCCUAUGUUAGUACAAAAAAAGCACAUUCAAGCAUUAUAAUUCUUCUUGCUAGUUGAGUAAACCAAAGAAGAGGCUUAUGAAGAAUUAGUCUGUUAAGUAUGUGUUAGAAUACAAGUGCAACUCUAUGUUUCACAUAACUAUAACUAAUUGAAUUCUUCCUGUUUUGGUGUAUAUGAUACCUCCUCUACGUUAUCUACUUCCAUGUGUUCACAGUACCUCUGCCCUUUUCUGUCUUCAACCCUCCUUCUGUUUCCUCCGUAUCACUCCUCUCUCCCAAUCUUUGUUGGGGUAGUCACAGGGUUUGGCUUUGGCUUGAGACUUGAUAAUUUAAAUCCUGUUUCUCUGGUUACACCUGUAAAACUGGCAUGUCGCGGUAUCUCUCUCAGAAAGAUACGGGAUAAUGAGCAGGGUUAGAGUCAACCACCUAAUGUAAUUCUGGGGCACAACCUAUUUCUAGAACUACCCACUUGAUCUAUGAAAAUGUACAACUGUUGCAACCAACCCCUGCUAAAUAUGCCAUCAAUGUAGUUUUGUGAUACCUAUGCUUUACACUUCUUAUGUUAUUGGACUGCAAAUCCCAUAAACCCCAAAAUGCAUGCUCUGUUUUUGUCUGUCAGUGUUUUGUGUGAUUUGUCUGCUGCAAACAUGUAAAUGUGUAGGUUGAUUUCCCUAUGUCAUUAUAGACUGUUUAUUACUUCUUUUGGAAGUGUAACUUCAUGACUAGAAAGGUGAUUCUAAAACCUUAUUACUUUUUUGUUUCUGGGCAGUAAUAUAUAUUGAUCUGUUGAGAUGUCUGUUCACAAACACAGCUAAAAGUUAACUCACUACCUACAAAAUAUACUUUGAAUAAUAUGCAGAGUAUCCACAAGCAUUAAUUUAUUGCAAAGUUAGUUAAAGGACCACUCUAGGCACCCAGACCACUUCAGCUUUAUGAUGUGGUCUGGGUGCCAGGUCCAGCUAGGGUUAACCCAUUUUUUUUAUAAACAUAGCAGUUUCAGUGAAACUGCUAUGUUUAUAAAUGAGUUAAUCCAGCCCUCAAAUCCUCUAGUAGCUGUCUCAAUUGAAAAUCACAGUGAGAAGACGCCAGCGUCCAUAGGAAAGCAUUGUAAAUGGUUUCCUAUGAGACCGGCUGAAUGCGCGCGCAGCUCUUGCCGCGCGUGCGCAUUCAGCCGAAAGGGAGGAGAGGAGGCGGAGAGCUCCCCGCCCUCGCUGGAGAAAAGGUAAGUUUAACCCCUUUCCUCUCCCCAGAGCCCGGUGGGAGGGGGACCCUGAGGGUGGGGGCACCCUCAGGGCACUAUAGUGCCAGGAAAACGAGUAUGUUUUCCUGGCACUAUAGUGGUCCUUUAAGCAUUUCAGUUUGGGAGUAUCUCAGUGCACACACCUUCUCUUUGCCAAGGAUCAAGUUUAUGGAAGGAGACCACUAGUUUUUUAUGACCGCAGAUAAACACCAUCACAGGCCCUAUGUGAAUAUACUGUACAUUCUUGAUCGUUACAUUAAGCAGUGUUGUCUGGGCUUUCACAGGGGUAGUUUACAUCAGGGUGAUGAUUCUAAAUCUUUCUGAUGACCAGAUGUCUAGGCUACAAAUUACAUGUAGAUUCACAAGCAUUCACUAGUUAAACAUUUGUGUCACCAUAAAACAUAUUUCAAACCUUUAAAGUGUUAGAUAUGCCAAAAUAAGAUGUUAAAGGAACACUCUAAGCACCAUAACCACUAACCACUACAAUCUGCUGUAGUGGUUAGGGUGCCAUGAAUGCCUCCUAAAGUUAAUAGUCAAAACAUUGAGAACGGUUUGUACCUGGGGUCCUCGUUGCACCUGCCGUCAACUCAGUGCACAGCUUCCUGGCUGCAGAGCAAUGUCCGACUGUGCAGAGAGGCAGCAAGAUUGCUCACUUGCUAGGAGAUUCUUCUGUUUUUGUAACUCAACAUUUUUAUUGUAUUUUAGAAGUUUAGUAGUUUUACAUUCUGAAAAUAUCAUAGUAGCAUCUGUAAAUUUAAAGUGGGCAUAACACACAAAUAUCCUGACAGGGCUUGAUUACAAAGCAUCAAACUGUUACACACACCCAGCCUUAGACCGUGUUUCAAGAGCUUGGGAGUUAGUAGAGACAUGAGCCCGUCAGAUGUUGAAUUCUUCUGAAAGGGAAAAUACUACUGGAAAAGAUGAAAUUGGUGUAUAGACCUGAUUGGAUCAGAUAGUGGUUAUUAAACUUGUGGGAAAAUGUGUUCCACACUGGUUUGUUCAAAUCACAUUCCACUUAAUCCAGAACGAAUCUUAUCACCAAGGAUUUACCUGUGGAGCAUUAUUCAUUAAAUAAGACAUCAGACGGAGUUAAUCUUCAAUUGUCGAUUAGGAGUAAUAGAAGGAUUUUUUUCUUGUUUGUGAUGCAAUAGGAAAUUGGUUCAAAUUAUAUUCAACAUCAAAAAAAGAUAAGUGUAAAAGGCUGAUUUGAAGGAAAAUUUUCAAACUAUAUUACCCUGCAACAAUGUAUGUGACAUUCCUAAGAAUGCUGGGGUCCAGAAUCAUUGCUUGUUACAUGUAUGUCAUCUGUCUAUGGCAUUUGCACUUGUAACUCAUUAAUAAUCUAUGAGAGAUUGCCAGAUAGCCAGUCUGCCAGCAGACAGCUUCAUACCUUUUGGCUUUUUGCCUAUUCCUCACCCUUGUAUACACCCCAAAUGACCUACGUACGUGUUGAAAUAAAGGGAUAGUUCCAGGAUCUGCAACACUAUCCAUGCAUUCGCACAUAUAUGCUCUAGGUCACAAGAAUCCAGCUUGUUUUUUUAAACUUUAAAACAGGGAUCCUGUAAAUAUUUGGCAUCAGUAUGUGUAAGAAUUGUAAUGCGUAUGGACACAAGUAGUAACGUUAACAAUGGAACUUUGGCUUUCUAGCUAAACAAAAGCUGAAAGACUGCACUGGAACUGCUGUUCUUCAAAGCAAGUCAUGGUUUAUUAGUGUUAGAUAUCCCAUAGUACUGAUGUUCCUCUGGUGGCAGUCAGCCUUAAAGUGUCUCUCUCACCUCAAACCUUCCUCCUAUUGUUUCCUCUUUGCUUGCUCUUUACUUAAUUUCAGAUCUAUUUGUCUUUAAAACAGAACACAAAGUCUUAUGUUUUUUUCUUACGCUUGACAAUUAUGUAGGUAGGGUGGAGCUUAACUAAGUUCCACUUCCUCUGUUAAGGAAAAUUCUCCCAUUCUUCUCUUCUCUAUUAUAUACUUUCUCCGUUGCCUCACAAGAUCAUCUUGCAUCAUUUGAGAAUGCUGGGCAAAGAGCAUGCGUGGGAUUUAUAUCCCAUUGCAUACUUGAGGCUGAAGAAGGUAGUGAGGUUAUGUGACUGCCAGGAUUUACAAGAUGGCGGCGCCGUGAAAAAACAUCCAACAGAACAGAGACUAUACAAGUGUGAGGAACUGACCCUGGUUUACAUACUGCUAAACCUCUUCCUUACCAGUACACCAGCCUGCCUUUUGCAAAUUUACCUGAGAUCUGAUAACCUUGACUCUACAAGCAAUGGUAUCAGUGACAACUCUAUUCAACUGUGUUUAGUCAGGUGUCUGGUUCUUGGCCUAUAUAAGCCACUUCCUGUCUCUCUACCUUUGCCAGAUUAUUGUGGUUCCUGUACUCUCUAAUCAAGCUUGUUCCUGUUUCUCCUACCUGUUGCUGAAUUUGGACCGUUUUGACUUUGCUGCUUCUCCUUCCCACUGACCUCGGCUUGCCUCACUACGAUUAUCAUCUUUCUGUUCCAGUCUCUCAUCUCUGCUUAAGACCAGACGGCCACUCAAGGCUCAGGGGCUCAACCACCUGGGUAGCGAAUGGCUACCUCUGGCAGAAAACAUUGCUGAUCUGGCUACUGGACUCCAAAACUUUGUAACAUCAAUAUCAUUGCAACAAGCUUGGAGAAAAUAAUGACAAUAAGGGGGAAGUUAGGGGCUAAAGAAUAAGGAAGACAAGUAGAAAAGAAAAAGUUUUUCUGUGACAGAGCCGCUUUAACAUGGCUACUUUUGUACAGGCCCAGACUAUAUGAAAGGCAGAUUCUUUGUGUUGUAUUUCAUCAUUAUUUAAUAGCACCCCUGGCCAUGCUUUAUAAUAAUAUAUGCCCCUGAACAUUAAAUUGUUGGACAAUUCACAUUAGCAUGUCGAUAGGUUCUUUUAACAGGAGGCUGGUAAAUCAUGAAACCCCCUAUAGUUACCCACUGGGACCAAGUGUCCCUGCAGAGUUGAGGUGUGGAUGCCGGUCUCUCUCAUGAUAGCUAUGCUGUAACAUUGCAUCAUUAGUAGAGGAGGGGUGUGUCCAUGGAAACCGGUCUCUGGAUAGCAGACUCUCUGAUUAACCCUGUAUAUACUGUGACAGCACACGUCUGUCAUAUUUAUUUUUAUAACCUGUUCACUUGUCUUUCACAACAGUAACAAGCUAAUGUCCAUUAUCUGUUUAAAGCACUUUAAGGGUCAGUCCCUGGUAGGUGUGAAAUGAUCUUGAAAUAGCGAUUUCUAAUAGAUAAAAUAAGUGCAUGUGCCGACCUACAUUAUAUUAGUGUAACAUGAAUUCUUGGGCAUGUCGGAACUUAUCAAUUGUUAAAAAUAAAGUCAUGCAAGUAACCAGAAUCCAACACACAUGGUUAACCUUUUUGAAUUCUUUACUGUCUGUAAUGCUACACAAAAUAUUGGGAUAAGAAAAUUAUUAAAUCUUGGAUGCAAUUAGAUUUGUUUGCAAAUGUAAUUUGUUUGGGUUGGAGGAAUCAAGUAAAGAUUUGUUUCAUAUUAUCGGUAUGGCUUUAAGAUAUUGUAGAUGUACACAUUCUAAUGUGUUUGAAUUAAAUGAAAGACAAGUUUACUUUUUUGUCCAGGGAGAAAUGCAGGGAUAUUCUGGAGUCCAAAAAAUAUUUUACCCCUUACUGAUGCAAAACUAGCACUGCCUGGAGAAGGGCUUGUAUUCAAGUUUUACAUUUGUGAAUUCUAUGAAUGGACUUCUGAAAGAUAAAAUAUAUUAUAUAUAUUUGUUCUUUUUUUCCAAUUGACUAGCAUGACGAUAUUCAUUUGUACAGUUUAAUACCGCUAAAAUAGAUAUCUAGGAAAGUAAUCAGAACUAACUGCAGGAGGAAGGAAAGGGUAGAAGAAGAGAGGUCAGAGAGACUCUGAAAGGGUUGUUAUUGUAAUUGGUCCCUUAGUGUAGAUGUUGUAAUACACAGGCAGAGUUACAUAUUGUAUCACUCUCCUAUCCCCACCUUCCUUUUACCUCUCACUCCCACAACAUCCUGCCUCUUGUACAUUCUCCAACUAUCUCAUACUUAAUAUCUCUCCUUUUUUAAUCCUUGCUUUCAUUCCAGUAACACACCCCAUCCCUCAUUCUCCUAUUCUUUCAUCAGCCAAAUUAUUUUCCUGUCCCCCGGUUACUUUUAUUCAUUUCCCUUUCGGGUCAUCCAAAUGCUUUCUUUUCUAAAUGUGACUUUCUAUCAUAACUCCUUAUGCCUUGCUCUGUUCUAUGUUUAGUCCCAGUCUGACCCCUAGUUCCUUUAAAGUUGUAAUAGAACUACAGGGAGUUCACUACCCCUCACUACACACCCCCAGCAUCAGGAAGUCAGGUUCUGUCCUCAGAUGAACCCAUGAAAACACUCCUACUCAUCCUGAAACAAUAACGUAACUCUGACUGCUUGAGAAACUAUACAAAUAGGAUAUAAAGAUCCGUUUUACAGAGAUGAAUGACUGCCAUGCAGAAAAAUAGGUAUAAGAAAAGGGACAUAAAUACACUGAGGACUCAGAGUAUAGCGAGAAAUAGGAGAGGUUAUAUGAGGCAAUAUUAGUAGUUAUAUAGAGAGAUUAUAUAGACAGAUAUGAGGGUUAAAGGACCACUAUAGUGCCAGGAAAACAUACCUGUUUUCCUGGCAUCAUAGUGCCCUGAGGGUGCUCCCACCCUCAGGGUCCCCCUCCCGCCGGGCUCUAGGGAGUGGAAGGGGUUAAACUUACCUCUUUCUCCAGCGCCGGGUGGGAGACUCUCCGCCUCCUCUCCUCCUCCUCGGCUGAGUGCGAAUGCGCGGCAAGAGCCGCGCGCGCAUUCAGCCAGUCUCAUAGGAAAGCAUUCACAAUGAGACAGCCACUAGAGGCUGGAUUAACCCUAAUAUAAACAAGGGUUAAUAUAUUAACCCUAAUAUAAACAAAGGUUAUAGAAAAAAGGGUUAAUCCUAGCUGGACCUGGCACCCAGACCACUUCAUUAAGCUGAAGUGGUCUGGGUGCCUAUAGUGGUCCUUUAAAGACAGCUGGCUAGCACUCAAUAUGAGGAGUUUUAGAGGGAGUUAUAUAAAGAAAUAAGACUCAAUAUAGGGAACUGUUAUAAAGAUAUGGGUGGGUGAAAGGAUAUUUCUCUGCAGAGAUAGAAGUGUUAUAUAUAGGAGGAGUGAUAGUGAGAUGUUCUAUAGAGAGAUAGGAAAAGUUAUAUAGAGAGAUAGGAGGAGUUAUAAAGAGGUUAUAUAGAGAGAUAGGAGGAGUUAUAGAGAGCGUUUAUAUAGAGUGAUAGGUGGCGUUUUAGAGAGAGGUUAUAGGCAGAGAUAGGAGGAGUUAUAUAUAUAUAUAUAUAUAUAUAUAUAUAGGUUAUAUAGAGAGAUAGGAGUUAUAUGGAGAGAUAGGAGUUAUAUGGAGAGAUAGGAGGAGUUAUUGGGAGAGGUUAUAUGGAGAGAUAGGAGGAGUUAUAGGGAGAGGUUAUAUAGACACAUAGGAGGAGUUAUAGGGAGAGGUUAGAUGGAGAGAUAGGAGGAGUUUUAGGGAGAGGUUAUAUGGAGUAAUAGGAGGAGUUAUAGGGAAAGGUUAUAUAGAGAGAUAGGAGGAAUUAUAGUGAGAGGUUAUAGGGAGAGAUAGGAGGAAUUAUAGGGAGAGGUUAUAUAGAGAGAUAGGAGUUAUAGGGAGAGGUUAUAUGGAGUUAUAGGGAGAGGUUAUAUGGAGAGAUAGGAGGAGUUAUAGGGAGAGGUUAUAUGGAGAGAUAGGAGAGGUAAUAUGGAGAGAUAGGAGGAGUUAUAGGGAGUGAUAGGAAGAGUUAUAGAGAAAGGUUAUAUGGAGAGAUAGGAGGAGUUAUAGGGAGAGGUUAUAUGGAGAGAUAGGAGGAGUUAUAGGGAGAGAUAGGAGGAGUCAUAGGGAGAGGUUAUAUAGGGAGAUAGGAUGAGUUAUAGGGAGAGGUUUUAUAGAGAGAUAGGAGGAGUUAUAAGGAGAGGUAUAUGGAGUAAUAUUAGGAGUUAUAGUGAGAGGUUAUAUAGAAAGAUAGGUGUUAUAGAGAGAGUUUAUAUGGAGAAAUAGGAUGAGUUAUCAAAAGAAGUUAUAUAGAGUUAGAAGACGUUAUACAGAGAGUUUAUGUGGGGAGAUAGGAGUUACCAUAUUUGUGCUAUUUAAGAGAAAUGUGUAUAAAGAUGUGCACUCUCAUUCUGUCUGCUUUGUAUUGAUCCAGUCUCCAGUGACUUCAAGAACUUGAGGUCACAUGAGGAGAGCAGACGCUCCCAGCACAUAUUUGUCUUUGCUGCGUACAUAAUUUUUACUGCCACACCAUAAAAGGAUUGUGAACUUGAGAUCUCAGUGAUAGUAUAGUUAUACAUAAUGAGCUGCAUAAUAUUGCUCAGUAUUAAUGUACACAGCAUAAAUACACAGUUUUCUAUGAAAGAUAUUGGUAAUCUAUACACUAGAAAUUAACACGUUGCACUCUAUAACAGUGCUGAGUCUCUAGUGACUGAUUAUUAGAACAUUAAGCAGGUCAGUGAGACUCAGGCUUUAAGAUUUGUCAAUAACACACUAUAUAGUCAUAGUAUCUAGAACAGGAGGACACAAUAGUUAAAUCAAUGGCAGGGUUAUUAUAGUGAAAUGAAACUGCAAUGACAAAAUUCAGGCGAAAGUAGCCAAACCUUGUCUAAAGCUGCUUUGAAAAGUUUUACCUAAAUCUUGUCAUUCGGAUUUCAAUUCACUGCAUGAGUUUAAUGAAUAAAUCCAUAGAUAAUAUUGAACUAUAACUCCUAUAAUCCGUAUUCAGCUGUUUGUUAGGCAUAUCUCGACUGCAGAUCAACCAUAGCAAGAGAAUUGCUUAUUACACUGCAAUGGAAAUGAACACUCAGUGCUUAAAAUUACUGGGGUUUAUUUGUCAAAUACUGAAUUAUAGGUAAUAGAAAACCAAUCUGCAAAAAGACUAGAAUAGACAAAGCGUGGCUUUCGUAGAUUUGGAGGAUUCCAAUUCUUUUUUUGGUUUUAAAUUCACUACCAUUUGUUGUUUUAGUGAGUUAACUCUACUGAGUAUCAAUUCACUUAUAAUCAACCUACUGGCCUGUGGAUUGCAGAUAGUUUGAUAAAUUCUUGCAAUGUCAGCUGAGAGUGUUUUACAUGCUGUAAAUUUUUCAUUGGAAGCUCUCACUCAGCUAUGUAUUGCAAGGCUGUCCAACAGUAGCCCUUAAGACUUAUGAAUAAAACGUACAUUUUUCAUAGUGACGUGCAAAAUUCCUUCACUAACAAUUAGCUAAUUCUAGAAUGCAGUCAGAAAAUGUCCUUCAAGUACUGAAUUUGGCAGCCAUGUCCCUUUGAUUAAUGUAUGGUUCAACAGAUCUUUAGUGAAAAUUUUCUAUACAGAGGUCUGGUAAUAUAAUUUGUGCCCAGACCUUCUAAAUACCAUUUUAUUUUUGAAACAGUAUACAUCUUUGAAAAUACUAUCCAUUGUUCUUCUCAAAUGGAACGAACACUAACACCUAACUAAAAGGCCAUGGAAACCAUUAAAACAUCUCAGAGAACAUUUAGAACGUCGCAAAGAAUUGCCUGUUUAGCUGCGAUAAAUCUGACCUGUUGAAUUAUUAUCCAACAAUCAGUGAGCUCUCUGGUCAACCAACAAGAUGUGAACCAAUAUACCAGUGUUGGAAAUAUGUUUAGUGUACGUUUUCCUUUUUAGUGAAUAUAUCCUAUAGCAAAUAUUUAGCACUUCAUUUAAUCUCAAAUACUUCAAAUGGGAGGGUGUAUACUCAUAGUGCCUAGCCUUACUUUGCUUGAUCACCAUAAUUAGCUGCCUCAGGCAAUUAAAACUCUGAAGGGUCACAUUCCCUUUUGGCUCUGAGGUUUCCAUUUGUCCUCCCUGGUCUAUAAUUUAUUACUCAAAUUACAAACAUAUUCUGAGAAUUUUUCUAAUUACUGUUGCUCAAACCCUCAUUGAAGCAAGUUAUUAUCAGGGACUACAAAGGCAUCAUCAUUAUUCAUAUACUGCAAAUUCAGUAUUCAUACUCAAAGUCCAGGGUACCGGUUACUACAGGAAUAAUACUCAGAAGUAUACAUUGCAUCAAGUUUAUCUUACCAGUAUUUGGAAUAAUAUUGUCAUAUACACCAUACUUUCACAUGGAUACAUCUAAUUUGUAUGUAUUCAUGAGUAGCACUUGAAAAACAAUGCUCUGUGAUAUAUAGAACUCUUAUGUUGCAGGUAGGGCAUAUGCAUAUAGUCAACAAUCAUUAUGGAAUACUGAAUCAUAUAAAUCCUACAUACUACAGGGCAAUUUUUUUACUACUACUACAGGGUUGCUGUUUGAUGACCCCUAGAUCUGAAGCAAUCUAUAUGCAGAAAAACAUCACAGUAAAGUGUUCUAAUAUCCGUAUAUGUACACAUUGAUUGGCUGCCUCUGAAGUAAUGCAAAUUAUGAUUUGGAGAUUCUCACUGCUGCUGCAUAGUGAGGCACUUGCUUAAUUUGACAAUGGUACUAUGUCAUUGAAAGUGAAGUGAUGGAACAUGAGGACUAAGUUGUAUGGUUAUGAAUACAUCCAUGUAAAAAUGAUAAGUGGGGCUAGUAAUAUAUUGUAUCGAAAUGCAAGCUCCAUUGCUGGGAAUUCAAAGCGAUUUCUAAAAUUUAGGCUAGGAUAGCUGAAUCUUUUCAGUUCAGCUAUUCUUGCCUGAAAUUUGAAAUUCACUUUUCAUUCAGCUAACACUUUAGUGAAUAACCUUACAUGAUGUUUAGUAAUCAUCUUAAACUGAACGUUAUAUGUCAAUCUACGUACUAAUUGAUUGAUUCAUUCUGAUUUAUAUGGCGAACCGAUUUGUUAGUUUAUAGGUUGACAAGCAUUUGAUUUGUUCAAUGCAACUGAAAGGGAUUUGUGCAUAGGUCUAGUGCACAUAUUAUUAACAAAUUGUGUGGAUGGCAGGUUCACCUUUAGGUAGGUACAAAGUCAAUCUAUAUAUUAUGCUGGGGAAAUUACCAUUAUAUGUAUGGGUUAGGGUAUUUAUUCACCUGAACAUUAAUCAAUACAUAUUCUAGUGAUUUGGCUCCAUUUUCUGUAAAGUGACAUUAAGUCCUCUUGGUCGUGACUGAUGCAUGUUAAGGAUAAGGAGUGCCCGUGGCUUUCUUAGCAUCACUGAACUUCUAGUUCCUGAAUAACUUCAGAUCUAUCUUUGGACAUUCCCUGAUCCGUAGAACAGUCAAUUAAUCACGGCUUAUAGCCCUAAUAUUUCUCAUUCCCAUGUGAAAUCUAUUCUAUUUGUGGGCAUUUAGCUUCUCGUGCCAGCUUUACCAGUGAACAGAUAUUUAUUAUUCAUAUACAUAUUAUACAUACAUCUUGCCCAUCUGGAAUAGCCAGCUGUUAAUGAGCUGGAAGUGCCAAAAGCUGGCAGAUGAUUAUGAGAAUUAUAGUUUUGAGCUAGCGGCAAAUCUACCCUUUUGACGUUCUUCACGUAUGGACACGCGACAUAUGAUACCCAGUUCUGCAUUUUUUAUUUCAAGUGUAAGAUACAUACACUUGCAUGAGUUUUGUUAAUUAUGAAUAUACAUAGUGUCAUCAUUCAUCAUCACUCAGCAUUUUCACUCCGCACAAAGGGGCUAUGUGAAAAUAUUGGAGCAAUUUCUAACCCGACAAAUUAUUUUAUUUUUAGCAUUUCACAUUCAUAGCAUUUGUAAAAAUAUCUAGAAAGACUAUAUGUAUAACAAAUAAAAGUGGGCAUAUAAUGUUCGUUUAGUUUGCUGUGUGAUACCAGGGCUAAAACAUGGUGCAAUUUACAACUAGGUUUAUAUAUUGUCUGCACACAAAUUCCAAUAAUAAAUAAACAAUAAUUAGAUAUUUUUUCCUGUUUUGACAAAGCUGGCUCAUUGAUAUUUUAGUCUGGCUGGAGUCAUUUUUACUCAUAAGCACAUAUAAUUGUGUCACAAUUUCAGCACUUUUCUUCUUAAAAACAUUUUACUAAAAAUCCCAAUACUUUUAAUAUCACUAUAAUCAUUAUGCAGUGCAGGACAUUCAUUAUCAAUAGAAAGAUACUCAGUGUUAUUUUGCAAUGAAAGACCUCCAUCUGAAAUAUACAGAUACACAGCAUUACUAUACUGUGCAGCAUGUACAUUAUCUUCACCGUUAUACGGUGUGAUGUGUUCAUGAUAUUUCUGCGAUAUCAGGUGAUACUCAGUAUAAGUAUGUAUCCUGGUUUCAAUCUCUCUGUCCCUACAAACACCCUGUCAGGUUUCCAUAGUAACCCUCCCGUCGCCGGGCGUCAUGGUAACCGUCUGGGGCUCCCGUAACCAGGGCGACGCGUGCGCUUCCCCCCACACUUGCACACACACACACACACAUUUACAGAGGGAAUUCCCUACUCCCCCUUUUCCUUAAAGGAGCAGUGCGUUAAUUCCCUGGGUUAGCUCUUGGGGGUCUUUGCGCACUUAUCAUCUACAGUUUCUUUAUUGCAGUCUUGUAUGUGCCUAAUUACAUUAUCAAAAAUAAGAAAUUGUAUCUCAUAACCAUUACCUGUUAACGUACACUGGUAUAGUCACCUUCUACUCAUACAUAGAAUGCAUGUAUAAACCGUUUAGGUUUAGAGCCAUUUAUAAUUUAAGUAGGCUUUUAACUCUCAUUAGUCUUAUUUAUUUUAUAGUGUUUUAUUUUAAAUAUUUUUAAUCCAAACCACUCUUCCCAUCUCAUUAUUCCCUCUACAUAUUUCAUCUCUUUCCCUUCACAUCAGUCUUAUAUCUGUCUAUUGCUUUUAUUUAUUCAAGGGCAAAUCUCCCCCUCCCUUCCCUUCCCCUCUAGUUAGUCCCCAUUGACAGCUAGAGACAUCACAGUGUUAAAUUGUCAGUGCUGCCAUGGUGGUGUGGCCGAGUGCCUUCAGCAGUGCCCACAAGUGGGUGUGAAAAUGUCUGGUCCUGCCAAAGUGGACAUAGCCUGUCUCUGUCUAAUAUAUGGAUCUCUGCAUCUCUUUACAGUGAGUUUUGGUGUCUAAGUAGCACUGCCCUUUCCAUUUAAUAAAGUUACAUAGGACCUUAACAUCCGUCAUCAGCAUGCAGCACAGCGUGCUCAUGUCUUUUUUCACAAGUAAUAUGCUAAUAGCUUUUUCCCUAUGCUUCAUAGUAUUCUAAACCUAAAUCGUUUAGCUUGAGGCAGCAGUAUUGUCAAAAUUUGUGCAUUUCAGAGGAAGAGAUUUAACCCCACAUGAUGCACCUCUCACACUCUAUAUAAGGCUUUCCAGUGAAUGACUUUCCACACUACUUGUAGGCUCUGAUGGCAGCAUGAAGUCUUUGGUGCUGUUACUAGCAGCUGUGUGUUUCAGUUUCGAUGCACAGAUUAAUAUCCAUCAUUAUACAGUGUGGGCAGUUCAGUAGAAGAAUAAGGAUGAUGCACAUUUUGCACUGCAGCUGUGUGAGGAUAUCACCUUAAAAGAUACAGAUAGAGUAGGUAAAAUAGAUAUAUCAGUCCAUUCUUUAUUGUCUUUUGAGAAAAAAAACACUUUAAUCUGCAGCUUUAUAUGCAGCAGUGGAUUUGUGGGUUUGUAGUUAUGGACAUUCUAAAAAUUAUUAUUAUAUUCAGUUUAUGCAUUAUAUUACACUGUUUGUCAAAGGUCACUGCAGCUGAUACAGCUCAUAUUUGAAAAAUAUGUGUGUUUUUUGUUAUUUUUAAUGUUUCCAGAAUCGUACAAUUGUUUUAUUUUUCCCUAAUACACGCUUCAUUGGUAUAUAUAUAUGUUUACAACUAAGUUUAGUGUUAGUGUUUGGGUUGCUUUAAUUGUAGGAUAGUACCUAGACACAUAUGCCCAAGAUUAGUGAGAGUUACACUCAUGGGCGGAAAUGCCUUCUCCAGACAGAAAUAUGUCAGCAGAGGACCUGGGGGAGGGGGGGACAGAAUUGCAAUAUUUCUAUCUCCUCAGCUCCUUUACAGAAAUAUUAUCUGAAAAGGGCUGCAUUAAAACUACAGUAGAUGCAUAUAGCAGCUUCUGUCUGGGAGUAUAACUUGCACCAAUCUUACCAUGUAUGUCCUGACACUGCUCUGAGAGGAUUAAGGGCCAUGCUGUGCACGGUGACAGUCACAUCAUGCAUAUUACAGAGAAUGUAUGUAUUGUGUUUCUAUCUCUAUACAUGCCUCCCAACACUUCGAUUUUUGGGUCCUGUCCUGACUUUGUUCCCUGGUAUGCCAUUUUUUUGGGACACCAGGGAACUGUCCCCAAAAAACAUAGUGCAAGCGGAUCAUUAUAUGCAUUAUAUGUGUUCGCGCUACGCUAAGGGCACUAGGACCCUGCAGAGAACACUGAAACAGGGCUUCCUGCACGACCAGCCCUCAGUGAACUGGCCUGUGGGUUUUAAAGACAGCCUGGCAUGCAUUCACAUCAGGCCAACUGUAAGUUUUUCAGGCAGAACCACUCCUUUUUGGGCACGUCUACCCCUUUGCGUCACUGGUUCAGUCACCUGUCCUCCCCCGUAAUGCAGGAUGAAGUCUAAAAUACAAUGCUUGUCUGUGCGCAUUUGCAUGUCAAGCUGGGAACUCUGAUUUGUCAAGUUUCCAUAUACAAGAAGGACCUUUUAACGUCCUACCUGAUAUAUGCAGGUUUUAUAUAUAUAUAUACACACACACACAUCAAAGUAUUCAUAUUUUUACUUACAGUUUUGGCCUGUAAGGGAAUAUUGGAUUCUGGAUUGGAUUUGUAAAGUUGUAAAGCAGUCCCUCUGAUUUUGAAGUGUAUUGAUACUAAUUAUUGUUUUAUAAUGCAGUAUUCAUUAAUUAAAAAUAUUGAGCAUCUAACGGAGGAGGGAAGUGAGUUCCACAGGGGUGCAGCCCUCGAGAAGUCUUGAAGUCAAGCAUCAGAGGUGGGAGUAUGGACAGAAGAUAGACGUAAGUCUUCAGCAGAGCGUAAGGGCCUAAACGGGACAUACUUGUGUAUUAGGGAGGAUAGAUAGGUGGGAGCAGAAUUAUGUCGAGAUUUGAAAGCAAGAACCAGAAUUUUAAAUUGAGCCCUAUAUCUUACAGGAAGCCAAUGUAGGGACUGACAGAUGGGUGAGGCGUGGGAGGUGCAGGCGGACAGGAAGAUGAGCCUCGCCGCCGCAUUCAUUAUGGAAUGUAACGGCGCAAGUUGGGAGCAGGAAAGACCACUGAGAAGUGGAUUGCAGUAGUCAAAAACAAGAAAGGACAGUGGAAUGGACCAGCACCUUACUCGCAUCUGGCGUUACGUAGGGUUGGAUGCGUGCAAUGUUUUUGAGAUGCAAGCGGCAGGAUUUGGCAAUAGACUGAACAUGACGGAUGAGGUCGGAGUCAAAGAGAACACCUAGGCAACGAGUCUGUGUGGUGGAGCUGAUGGUAGCACCAUUGACUUGGAGGGAGACACAGGAGUAGCAACACUUGAGGGAGGAAAGAUCAGAAUUUCAGUUUUGGUCAAGUUUGAGUUUAAGGAAGUGGGCAGCCAUCCAGUUAGCAAUAGCAGAGAGGCAGUCAGAGACACUAGUCAAGAGGGACAGGGAGAGAUCAGGAGAGGACAGAUAGAUUUACGUGUCAUCCACAUAGAAAUGAUAUUGGAAGCCAAAGAAGCUAAUGAGUUUACCAAGGGAGGCAGUAUAGAUAGAGAACAGUAGGGGACCAAGGACUGAACCUUGGGGGACUCCAACAGAGAGGAGUUGGGGAGAAGAAGCAACUCCUGAGAAAGAAACACUGAAAGAGCGCUGGGAGAGGUAGGAGGAGCACCAGGAGAGAGCAAUAUCUUAUUAUCCACUGCGUGGGAAUCAUAUUUGAUGUUAAGACACUAAUAAAGAUGGAUUUAACAUAACAUUUGUAUCUUGUAAUAUGCAUAUAUUAAUAUAUACUAAUACUAAUAUAUUUUGUUGGCAUCAUAUAGCGCCAUUUUAUUUUGCAGAGCUUUAACAUUUAACAAUAAAUGAACCAAUUAUAAAUUGUUACAGGAACAAUAGUUUGAUGAAGACCCUGCUCCAAAGUGCUUACAAUCUGAAGUAGGUAUGUGUGUGUAUAUAUAUAUAUAUAUAUAUAUAUUUUUAUAUAUAUAUAUAUAUAUAUACAUACACAUAUACAACUCCAGAAAGCGUUGCACUCUAACUAUACCAUAGUCAAUGUUUCAAUUUUGAUUUAAAACUUUUGUCAGGAAAUGUUGACAAAUAAAAGUUACUUUUUAUUGAAGAAGACCCUCUCUUCUUGGAAUUUGAUAUUAUAUUCUGGAUUUAAAUACCAGGCACAUAAUAUAUCCCAGACACAUAUGUGUAUGUGUGUGUGUGUGUGUGUAUAUAUAUAUAUAUAUAUAUUUAUUUUUUUCCUGGAAAUACUACUUAUCAUUAUACACUGUAUAGAACAUAGUCUAUAGUAUUCAGUAGUUAAAUGCUGGCCCUUCAAUCCAUGAACUCUCAUUUUCAAGCCAAAGGUUUAUUAAAAAGCUAGCCAAAAUCCCCUAUGAAUGUGAGAUUAGAAUAAUGUGUUUAACACAGAUUUUCUUUUUUUUUGUUCAUGAAAUGCUGUGCUUCAUAAACCAUUCAUCAGUAGGCUCGGGUGGAAAGAGCAGCUGUUUAUCUCCAAAAAUCUGUACUUUGCAAUGAUGGGAGACCUCGGGGGACUGACCAGGCAGGAGGGCGUGCUUGGAACGCCCACUCCACUGCAAGCCACAGCUUGCCCUCUUUGAGCCAGCAUCCUCAUCCCAUAGGGACAUAGGCACACCAACCUAGCUAUCUUUGGUACAUGCAGUGUUUAAUUAUCCUGCAACUUUUUAGAAGACUGCUACACCAACUGUUCUAAGACAAUCAAUGUUUAAUUCUAGUACUGAUAAAUCUGUGACAGUACUGGGUAAGGGAUAAAACUAGGGACAAAUGUUAUCUAACUCAAUGUGUGUGUCUCUCUGUAUAGCAAACACCCAUAUAUUUUUAUAAACUUUACCAGAUAUCAACAAACAGUGUUUAACUUCAGGAAGGUAUUACUUUAUCUAUACAUUGUGCUUUAAAAGUCCCCAGCAAAUGGAUGAAUAAAAUUGCACUUAAACAACAUAACCACUACUGCUAAGUGUAGUGGUUAUAUUGCCUAGACUGCCUUGGCACCAUCCCUCUGUUUAAUGUCAAGUUGUUUAGGGACAGUUUGAUAUAAACUAGGGCUCUUCCUAUCACCCAGAGACUGUCCGUUGUGUUUUCAAGAUUAUGUGUGUUUUUAAAUAAAUGUGCCUCCAAACACUCAAUAAUUCAUUAUGCGAUAUAUGUACUUACAAAAGCAUACAGUCAAAAGUCAGUUGAAUUUGAAUAUUAACAUAUUAUAUGACGCUGCAAAUCUAUGUCAGUCUGCAUUCUCAUUUAGUUAUAUAUUUCUAAUGUGUAACAUGGUUAUAUGAUCUUAGAACAUACAGUGAUAUAAUUUCUAAUUAGUGGGGUAAUAGCUGCUUGAUCCAGGGAGAUAUCUGACUGCCAUUUUGGGUUCAAGAAGGAAUUUUCCCCUAGUUUGUUGCAAAAUUGGAAGCGCUUCAGACUGUUUUUUUUUUGUCUCCUCUUGGAUCAACAGCAAAAACAUAUGCGAGGAAGGCUGAACUUGAUGGAUGCAAGUCUCUUUUCAGCUUUAUAACUAUGUAACUAUGUAGAAGACAUGUAGAAGUGUCCUUGCUAGAUAUUUUCUGAUUGAUGUUAAAGUAACACUAUUUAGUCCCCCUUUCCCUCCUCAAAACUAGUAAAAACUCAUCUUACUUCCAGGGACUCUCAGGUCUGCCCACAUUGGCUCCUUUCCUGAUCUGCCUCCUUGGCUGACACCAUCAGAAUUGAUCAUCUCAGGCAAUCAGAAUGCUUUCCUCUAGUGAGGAGUGGCCACUAGAGGUGUAACUAGGCUGUAAUGUAGGCAGUAUUUACAUGAAAAUGCAUGCAGAGACUGAUUAGUCUCACCAGAACAACUACAAUAUGAUGUAGUUCUUCUGGUGAGUAUAGUGUCCUUUUUAAUGAUCGUGCUACCUACUGCAAUUAAAUAGUCUGCAGUUGCUCACUAGGACCAAAAAGGACUGUUUGGCCCUGAGUGUGACUCCCACACUCCAGCAUAAAAGAAGCUUAGAAAUCAGAAAUUGGCAUGCUUAACAGUGCUAGGGUUAUUUACUAAAGUGAGAAUUCAAAGUGACUUUAAAAUUUAAGGCCAGAGACUGAAAGCGUAACUAUGAUUCAGAUGAAAAAACCUGGAUGCAAAAGCUUGAUUAGUACUUUGCAUGUUCAUGUGUGUGUAUAGUAUACUAUUCCUCUGUACACAUGCACAGACAACCAUACACCUAUUUAAAUAGUUUCAAUAGGAUUUUAGCUCUUACUUGACUUUCAUGAAAAUUAUGCUUCUUAUCAUGCCUCUUUUAUAAAUUCUACAUACAUUUGACAAUGUCUAAUGUCAUACAACGUACCCUCCAUCUGUUUAGUAUUUCUUUUUUCCUUUAGUGAUCUCUUUGCAUACAUCAUCUGCUCGUUUUGCCCUUCUUUCUGCCCUGUCUUUUGUAACGAACCUAUAACCCACGGGUGUUGAAAAUAGCAUGCUAGCUCUGUGCGUGCACAGAUAUCGUGGGGUGAUGUGACAUUCAGUGACCCGAACAGACCUAACACGCAACAGUGUUUCUAACUGAGGGGAGGGGGCAUGAACAGAGGAGAGGCCGCAGCGACCACCUUUUGUAUAUAGUUAUAUUUAUAAUGGAUAAAUGUAGCAAGUACCUUAGAACAUGCUGCCUCAUAAGCAAAUUAUUUAAUUAAUAACUCCAUAAAACACUGACCUUUAUCAGUAUAUUAUACAGCAACACAAGAUUGCAUGCUUUUCAUCAGAAAACGAGUGUAUUCUUGUGAUUAAUAGGACUUGCCCCUUACACUCAGUAAAUCCUAGAUUUGUUACUAUUCUAAUUAUAUCUGCUACUGGAUCCUCAGAUUUAUAUUGUCUGAAUAUGUAUAUGCCGGUAUGGCUUCAUUAAAAGACUAGUACACGUUUGUCAUUAAAAAGACAUGUCCUUCACUUCACUAAAUCCUAGAUUUGUACCUGAUCUGGCUGUAUUUCAUUUUGGAUCCUUGGAUUUCAUUGCCAAUGCAUUUAUCUGUCUGUGUGACUUCCUUGAUGCACUGUGAAGUUAAAAUUAUACAAAGCCAUCAACAUAUGCAAUCUGCAUAUUCUAGCAGUUAUUUUGCGCAUAUCCUAAAAUUUUCAUGUCUAUGUACACUCUAGCAAAUCUCUCUAGUUGGACUCUAUCAGGCACUUUCUAAUUAUGUGAUAAAUGAAUCCUGUAUUUCUUAUUCUCGACAAUUUAUCCUGCCAAAACAGAACAUUCUUUUGUGCUCAUAGCAAUCGUUCUGUGAUGCUCCUUGCAACCAAUUUAACACGCCUUUGCUUUGUAACUAAACUACCCUGCUGAUUCCAUCCUUCACAAUUUAACACAUCUAUGCAGACAAUUACAACUGUUGUGUUUUUAGCUAUUAUAGUAUUGCAAUAACAGCUACUUUAUGAAUCUACUAAUGUACUGUGAUCUUCACACAUAUAUAUAUAUGUAUGUAUAAAUAUAUUUGCAAUAAGAGACAUGUCAAUUUUCUGUCUGUCUAAUAUCAAUGUUUAUUUUCUUUCUUCCAGAACUCCAUCAGACACAACCUUUCCUUACAUACCCGUUUUAUUCGGGUCCAAAAUGAAGGAACGGGGAAGAGUUCCUGGUGGAUGCUCAAUCCUGAAGGUGGAAAGACAGGAAAGACCCCAAGGAGGAGAGCAGCAUCCAUGGACAGUGCCAGUGGAAAGUUUCUUCGGAUUAAGGGAAAAGCUGGUAAAAAGAAGCAGCAGCAGGUGCAGUCUGCUCCUGAACAUACGAGUGAGGGCAGCCCCUCAUCCCAGCAUGCUAAGUGGUCUGAAAGCCCAUCUUCUCACACCAGUGACGAUUUUGAAGUGUGGGCAGAGUUCCACACCAGAGCAAACCCCGCCACGGGUGCCAUGAGUGGGAGGCUCUCACCCAUUAUGGCCAGUGAUGAGCCAGAUGAUUUGGAGGAUGAUGAAGUUGCACCAUCUUCCCCACUUAUGUACCCAAGCCCAUCUAGCGCCUUGUCACCUAGUGCCCGCUGCUCAGUAGAAAUGCCACGUCUUGCAGAGCUCACUGGAACCAUGGGACUAGGUGAGGCGCUGUCAGAUCACUUGUUAGAUGAAAUGCAGGAUAGCUACAAUGUAUCCUCUGGGGCUGCUUUACGCCAACGUAGUCCCGGUUUCUCUUUCACGUCAAAAUGUCCAACUAUGAGCCCCACUUCUGGUUCUUACUGUGGAGCUAUAUACAGCCAGCCAGCUAUGGGUAUGAUGAGGAGGCUGCCCAUGCAGACAAUCCAGGAGAACAAGCAAGCUGCCUUCUCAUCAAGCAGCACCUACCGGAAUUCCUCCCUUCAGGACAUCCUUUCAGCUAUGUCCUAUGGGCAUAAAGAUACUAUAGGACAGGGUGAUCCUGGACUGACAACAGUUGUGGGACUGCAGCGUAGCCACAGACAGAACACAAACAUGAUAGGUAGCUGUGACUCACCUACAGUGCCCUAUGCUGCUAGCCUGAUGAAAAGCCACAGCUUGUAUCACCCACCCACUCUCAACCACCACUGCUCUGUUAACAACAGUGCCUUAGUAAGUGCAAGUGGACUGCUGAACUCCUCGGAGUCCUGUGGCUUGGCAUCUGCCCCCCACCAUGCAUAUUAUGGCAGCCAAGGGGCACAUGGGGGUCUGCUGGAAGGACCUUACCAAGGAUCUUACCAUCACCAUCACCAUCCUCAAAUGUACAACCAGGACAGAUUCCCUACAGAUCUAGACUUAGACAUGUUCAAUGGGACCUUGGAGUGUGAUGUGGAGUCCAUAAUUCUUAAUGACUUUAUGGACAAUGAUGAGAUGGAUUUCAACUUUGAUUCAGCACUACCACCUCAAGGUGGCUUCAACAUGGCUGCUACAACACAGUCAGCCAAUCAGAGCUGGGUACAAGGAUAAACAAAUACUUUUCCCACUCAACACUGGGUUAAAGUUAUCUUCUUACAGACAGUCAUUUAGCUGAUGGAUUACUGUAUAAAUGUAGGGUUAGUAAAAUUACUUUAUUAUGGAAACAAGAUGGUGUUUCAUAUUUCGAACUUUGUCAGUAAUACAAUUUGGGUCAUCCUUCUCAAUUGUCAUAUGAGUUGAGUAAAGACUAACUUAGAAUGGUGAAACAAAGUCUCCCAAGUGAAACACUUUCUUGUCCAUAUUAAAAACAGGAUUCCAACAUGAAGCUCUCGUGUAAUAGAAAGAGCACAAAAAGUUAGUUAUUGAGACCACUUACAUGAAGGUAAAAGGUAUUGGGAUGAAGGGUUUUGCAUAUAUUUUUUAGUAAAACAAUUAUACAUAGAUAUUAGGGUACAGGUAUGAUCCUGAUAUGAAUAUAUGGAACAUUGUCUGGGUUUCUUUAUGUCAUGCACAUUUGUCCAUAUAUUCAAUCAUUCUCUAUCCUGAUAAUCACACAAAAUGGUCAGUUAAACAUUACCAAGGUCUCAAUAACAAUCUUUAAUGUCUGAGAGCACCCUGUGGGCCCUACAAAGUGUUUACCCCAGUUUUCAAGUACCUCUUACAGGCAGGGUUAGAAAAAUGUUGCUUAAGUGCAAAAUGAGAUGCCUAUCACUUAAUCAUUUAUUUUAAAAAAUGAUCAACAAUCAGGCAAGGUAUUCUUUGAAAGUGCCCUUCUAACAGUACUUGGAAACAAAAUUGAUAAACACUGCUGUAACUAAUGCAUCCUAAAGAAAACUAUUAUUUAAGUAAAGACAUACUAUAUGGAAAACGCCAUAUUUCUUCCUUAGGUCCAUCCAUUGAUUGUUGCCUUUUUAUUGCCAGAAAAACCCAGACCCUUGAAACGAACCUCCUACUACCUUUACCCACAGAAACUGCACUUACUAACACAAGAAUAAAUUAGGUCUGGAUAGUCACACUAUGAAAAUCUGCUGCAUUUUAAUUUUAUUUAUUUUAAUAUUUAUUGAUACACAUUAUUUUGCUCAGUGCUUGCAAACUGAAUAUUCUAAAAUGUCAGAUUACUAUCUAUAUUUAAUGUCUAUACCUUUAAUUCUAUAUUCAACCCAUCACACAUUAUCAAAGCCAGACAUCUGGCUAAGGAAGUUAAAAAUAAAAUUGUUCAUAGCACUAAAUAUCCUUACAUUUAUUCAUCAUCAUUUAUUGACCAAAAGAAAAAAAAAAGAUUUUGUGUAAAAGAGAAAAGGAAACUUGUUUGGAGCACAAACCUUUGUAAUUGAUCUCCCAUGUUUAACCUGUUUUAAAAUGUAAAAAAUACAAUAUUUUAACCUUACAUGCUCUUCUGUAAAAUGGUGCUGAGUAUCUCUGUUAGUGCAAAGCAUUUUUCAAUGUUAUUAAUUUCAUUUUGGCCCCUAAGAGUUUUACCCCUGUAAAAUCUGUGUUAAAACAGUAAUCAGAUUGUAAUCGAAAUCUUGAUAUUUAAAAUAUAUAACCUAAAAUUCUAUUUUUAUCAUUAGUGAACCUGGCAAGGUAAUUUGUUCAAAAGUUAAAUUGAUCCUUUUUGAAGUCAUACAUUUUACUCAGCACCAACCUAUCCUGCAGGUUCAGCUGUGACAUUCUGUGUGUUGGUAUGUAACCUCACAUUCAAGGAAAUCCAAUGUAGAAUUUACAAAGAUUCAGAUUUGACAAUCUAAUGUAUUGGAUUCAUUAAUAUGCACUAUGGAGUUGGGGCGGCAGACAGAUUUUUUUCUCUUUCUCACUAUUUGAAUUUAAUUCUGGCUUUGUGAGUGGUUUGUUACCCUAAAAUGUUUAACACGUCUGUUUACAUUGUGUGUGUUAAGUUUCUCCAUUUUUUUAUUUCAUAAACAGAUUUUAAUAUAUAUAGAACUGUGUACAUACAGAAAAUAUAUUCAAAAUUAUUUUUAUUUUAUUUUAUUUGUAUCUUUUAGUUUUUCUACGCACUCCGAACAUUUUAUUCUCCAUUUUAAAGGACUGUUAAUUUCUUUAUGGCCUCUGUAAAAGUCUGGAGGUUUUUACAAUUACGGCAGUGGUGGUUGGGGAUUUUUGAGAAUACCCUCCAGGAUGUGUCGGAUGAAUAGUGAUUUGAAAGGAAUAAAUUGGCUUGUAAUGCAUUUCUUUUUUUUUUACAUAUUUUAAUGUUUUGCAAUGUGGAAUUAAAAUGGUGGUCUGUUCUUCAGAUGGUGGCUAUUUGGGGGGAGGGGGACCUACAAGGCUAAAUCCUAAAGUGCCUUACUGCACCUGGAAAUGCCAUGUAGUAACUCAAAAUUUCUAUAAUGCCUUCUGUAAUUGAAUACACCUCCAUGUAUAACUGUUCUGAGUAUCUACAAUCUGAAACAUAAAUAUGCUGCUCUGUAUAAGGAUAAUGAGUGUCCACGCACUGAUUAUCAACCCACUGUGCUGCAAAAUGAUGCUCAGUAUCACUAUACACUGCUCCCCUUUGCCCAAUUGGAUCCCUUGCCCUUUUUACUGCGGUGUAAAGCGGUUGUAAUGUUUUUGAGUGUGUUGUUGUAGUGUGUGAAUCUUCAGAUGUAACAUAAACCUGUGUAUACUUACUGUACAGAAUAUUUUCAGGAAUAAAAUUGUUUUAAAUAUUA